AUGGAGUUACAAGCUCGUCUUUCUGAUCCACACAGUGGACACAGGGCGAGUUAUGGGAGUGUUGACUAUUAUCAUUCAAGCAACAGAAGAAAUAAAAACAGUAUCUCGCACCACUCUAAUCGAAUCAUCCGAGAACGUGAAGCAAAUACACGACAUCAUGGUUAUAAAAAAGAACAUCGCUACGUUCCAUAUCAACGAAAAGGGACUCAGACUUGGCGAGCUAAAAGAAAGAACAUAAUCUCUGAGGUAAAAAUGGUGGCAAGUCUUGUGAAUAGAGAAAAUAUGGAUAAUUGUGCAAUUGUUUCUUAUGAAAAAACGCAAGGAAGCAGUAAGCCUUUACAUGGUGAUAUUCAUCAUCAUGAAACGGUAGCUACGAAAGAUAGAGGAGUGCUGCAAGGUAUUAGACUGGCUAGUGUCAUUGUCUCUCUGGAAUUGCAGUCUUAUGCUACGGGGGAUAAUGUCAAUUUUGGUAAUAAGAGUGUGGAAAGGUCCUUAACGUUCUUACCACAAGCUUCAGCCACUGCGAGAGGUGAUGAUCAUAUCAUUGAAGCCCUGAGUGGUAUGGAGUUAGAGAUAGCUGGAGAUGUUGACAUGCUGGCCUGUGAUGAUGAUCAUUUCGAUGAAGAAUUGAUGGAUCUCGAAGUUAAAUCAAAAUCUAACAUGGUCGCUGGACCUUCAACAGCUAAAGGAAAUAAUAAAGAGCCAAAGAUUACAAGGAGAGACUCCAAAAGGAAUCCCCCUUUGGGGAUCCAAAAAAAGAAGCCAGAUUUUCAUCGCCGUGGUUCUCCACGCAUACGGUCGAUUAUCUCAUCUGUUCAGAAGAUACAUGGAGAGAGGGACAAGUCACGACAGUCUCACCAUAGUACUAACAAAUCUCAGGGAGUAGGGACCAUUUUGACAUCCGUAAACAGGGGUGUGGAGUAA